CAACCCUAAACUCCAUUUCAAUGUGUGGUGUAGAUUGACAACCUGAGUUUAAAAAGGCCAUGUGAGAAGGAGCUAGAAGACACCCAAAUACACAAAACUUUCUCUCUCUCUCUCUCUCUCUCUCUCUCUCUCUAGGGUUUUCAGAAUUCAACUUCCUCUUGUUAUUCAUAAAGGUAGUUAAACUUGGGAACAGACAGAGAAAAGGAGGAUCAACAGGUUCCCAAGAGUAGAAAACUAGAACAAGCAAAAAAGAAAACACAGAAGAAAGGUUGAAUAUUUUUAUAUAAAUAAAAAAAAAAAGGGAAAGAAGGGAUUUUUGGGUUAAUUAGGGUAUGGGGAGGGGAAGAGUGGAGUUGAAGAGGAUUGAGAACAAGAUAAACAGGCAGGUCACGUUUGCGAAAAGGAGAAAUGGGCUUCUCAAGAAAGCCUAUGAGCUUUCGGUUCUCUGUGAAGCUGAGGUUGCCCUCAUCAUCUUCUCCAACCGUGGCAAGCUCUAUGAGUUCUGUAGCAGCUCUAGCAUGCUCAAAACACUUGAAAAAUACCAAAAAAGCAGUUAUGGUUCGGUGGAAGUCAACAGACCUGGCAAGGAGCUCGAGCAGACCAGCUAUCGAGAGUACUUGAAGCUGAAAACUAGGUUGGAGUCCUUACAACGAACUCAGAGAAACCUUCUCGGGGAAGACUUGGGCCCUUUAAACACAAAUGAUCUUGAGAAGCUUGAGCGUCAACUGGAUUCAUCCCUGAAGCAAGUCAGGUCCACUAAGACGCAGUACAUGCUCGACCAGCUCUCUGAUCACCAAAAUAAGGAACAAUUAUUGCUGGAAGCGAACAGAGCUCUGACAAUAAAGCUUGAUGAAAUUAACUCAAGAACUCACCUUGAACAAUCAUGGCAAGGCGGUGAGCAAAGUAUGUCAUAUGGUCAUCAGACUGCUCAAUCUCAGGGGUUCUUCCAGCCUUUAGAUUGCAAUCCCACGUUGCAGAUAGGGUAUAAUGCAUCAAGUUCAGAUCAGAUAUCUGCUGCUACAACUCAUGCCCAACAAGUCAGUGGGUUUAUCCCUGGAUGGAUGCUUUGAGUUAGUGUCAUGUAAUUACCAGCAUGCUGGCAAUAUCUUAAUGGUUCAUAAGCAUUUGUAAGCUCAUAUUAACAUAAAAUUAAGCAGCAGUGACUGACUUACAGAGCACUAUGGAACCUUUAGCCAAGCCAAAAGGCAUGCAAGGAGUUUAUGAUGUGUUGAAAACCCUUAUGGGAGACUUAUUUUGCUAUAUUUUUCAGACAAAUUAAUA